AGUGUAAAGAGUGUUUGUGGAAACAUAUUGAAUAUAAUCAAAAAGUGAAUUAACUAAAAAGUAAUUAAUUAAAUAAAUUAAAAAUCUAUAAAAAUCAAGUGAUUAAAUAUAAAUUAUAAGAAUAUGUCUUCUGGCUUGAAGUGUCGUAACUGUGGUUCGACGGACAUCGAAGAGGACAAUGCGCGUGGUGAUGCCGUUUGUACGAACUGCGGAUCUGUCCUGGAAGACUCUUUAAUUGUAUCGGAAGUACAAUUUGAAGAGGUAGGACGCGGCGCUUCAGCCAUAGGUCAGUUUGUCUCUGCUGAAUCUACUGGCGGUGCCACCAACUAUGGCUACGGUAAAUUUCAAGUCGGUUCGGGUAAUGAAUCUCGUGAAGUGACCAUAAAAAAGGCUAAGAAGGAAAUCACACAUUUGUGCCAGCAGUUACAACUAACCCAGCACUACAUUGAUACCGCUUUGAAUUUCUUUAAAAUGGCACUGAUGAGGCAUUUGACACGAGGACGCAAAAGUACACACAUAUAUGCUGCAUGCGUUUACAUCACAUGCCGCACUGAAGGAACAUCUCACUUGUUGAUUGAUAUAAGUGAUGUGCAACAGAUUUGCUCCUAUGAAUUGGGACGCACUUAUCUCAAACUUACACAUGCUCUGUGCAUCAAUAUACCAGCUGUGGAUCCCUGCUUGUACAUUAUGCGAUUCGCCAAUAAAUUACAGUUUGGCAAUAAAACUCAUGAAGUCUCUAUGACAGCUCUUCGCAUUGUGCAGCGCAUGAAAAAGGAUUCAUUGCAUUCAGGACGUCGACCGACAGGAUUGUGUGGUGCUGCGUUAUUAAUAGCUGGACGCAUGCAUGAAUUCAAUCGUAUGCCUAUGGAUAUAGUUAAAAUUGUAAAAAUUCAUGAAUCAACUUUACGCAAAAGAUUGGUGGAGUUUUCCGAAACUCCUUCCAGUUUAUUGACCUUGGAAGAAUUCAUGUCUGUUGAUUUGGAAGCCGAACAAGAUCCACCAUCAUUCAAAGCAGCACGUAAAAAAGAUCGUGAUCGUAUAAAAGAUAUUGGAGAAAUGGAAUUAACGCAGCUGCAGCGAGAAAUCGAUGAUUACUUAGAGAAAGAAAUGAAGAAGACCCAUAAAGCAGCCGUAAAAUGUUUCCCUGGUUUAAAUGCUUUCGAUCAAAAGGAAGAACUGGAUGCAGAAAAAUUUAUAACUCAAUCAAACAGGGAUGCUAUAUCACAAUUUAUGAAAGUAGAAGGAUAUUCUGAUGCUACAAUAAAAGCGGAAAAUAUUAAAUUUGAAAAUCUGAAACCCGAUAUUGAGCAAAUGAUAACUUUGACUCCAGAAGAUUUGAUGGAAAUUGCAAAUAGUAAACAAGUUGAAGAACAGCCGGAUGACUUAACUUAUCUUGAUGAUGAUGAAGAAAUUGAUGGUUAUAUAUUAAGUAAUGAUGAAGUUACGUAUAAAACGGCAGUCUGGAAUUCUAUAAACUCUGGCUACCUAAAGGAGUUAGAAGAGAAAGAGGAAAGAUUAGCUAAAGAGCGGGAAGAGGGUAAGCCAGAGAAGAAAAAGCGUAAACCACGAAAAAAAUGUAUAGGUCCAUCGUCUAGUGCCUCUGAAGCUAUAGAAAAAAUGUUACAAGAAAAGAAAAUUUCAAAUAAAAUUAAUUAUGAUAUAUUAAGAUCAUUGACCGAAGCUGGUUGUAUACUUAAAAAUGAUGCUAAUAGUGCUGAACCUAGUACAUCACAUGAAACUCAGUCAGCAGAUGUGAAGGAUAUCAAAUUUCUUGAUGAACCAAGCACUAGCCAACAAAAAUAUAAUCGAGGUCGUCCAGCUUAUACUAGUAUUGGUGGCCCCAAAGCUAAAAUGUCUAAACUAGAAAUUGGAUUGCCAGUUGUUGAGUCAGCACCAACUUUAGCUAAACAUGAGCCCGUUGUGGUUGAAAAUGAUGAUAUAGAAGACGAUGGAGAGCUUUAUGGUGAACAUGAUAAUGAGGUAGAUACAGAACGCGAAUAUUCAUCAUUAAAAGAUAUGCUUAACCAGGGUGAAGAUGAUGAUUACUGUGGCUAUGAGGAGGAUAAUUAUUAAUAAAAUUAUUAUUAUCAAGAUUAAUAUUACAUACAGUAGAACUCCGCUAAUACGGAUCGAUAGAGUGGCGGUCAAUUCAGAUUAGUAAGACAUUUGGAUUGCUGGAUUCAUAUUAAUAAUCCAGGAAGAGUAUUUUAUUUGUUCAUAAAUUUAUUUUAACAAAACUGUAGGAAAAUUGAACAAUAAUCUACUGCUCAUUAAAUUAAUCUAUAGAUUGAAUGGCAGAUUAACCGAAUAGAGUGUAUAAACGAAGCGAAUAGGAGUAUAAAAUUUAUAUUGCCUAGAAAAAUGAUAAAUAUCACAUGGGAUCCUGACUACAAGGUACACAAUACAUUUUUGCAUUUUCUAAUUUUGUCAGGAUUAUAAGGGAUAUCAAAAUACUUGAGAUUCAGAAUAGCGAAGAACUACUGUAUACGUAUAUUAACUACGUAUUAUAAUACGUAACUUUCUAGUAUAUAUAUGUCAUUUAGAACUUUCUU